AUGUCACACAGACAAGCAUUAAAGGCCUUGGAUCGUACUCUUCAAGAUCUUCGUGGCAAUGGGAAACAUAUGGGCGGAGUUGUUGUACUCCUUGCGGGUGAUUUUCGUCAAACGCUGCCUGUUAUUCCAAAGGGAACAAUGGCUGAUGAGAUUAAAGCGUGUUUAAAAUCGUCACCCCUAUGGAAACAUGUUAUACCGCUGGGCCUCAAAACCAACAUGCGGGUUCAUUUGCAAGGUGAUGCGUCUGCUGGCCGUUUCGCUCAACAACUGCUCAUUCUUGGAGAUGGAAAAGCACCAGCUGAUCGAAUCACUGGGCUCAUCCAUAUUCCGGAUACUUUUUGCAAUGUCGUCGAAUCGAUUGAAGUAAUGAAGAGCAGUGUAUUUCCGAACAUCCGGAGUCAUUUCAACGAUCACAAAUGGCUAUGUGAACGUGCUAUUCUUGCCCCUAAAAAUAACAGCGUGAAUGCCAUCAACCUACAGAUCCAACAACAGCUCCCCGGAGAAACUACAUCUUACAAGUCGGGUGAUACAGUUACUGAUGUCCACGAGGCGAUUCAGUAUCCAACUGAAUUUCUCAAUUCUCUCGAGCCGUCUGGGAUGCCGUCACACAACUUGCUGCUCAAAGUUGGUUCUUCCAUUAUGCUUCUGAGGAACUUGGAUGCUCCAAGGCUAUGCAAUGGUACAAGACUGUGUGUAAAAAGUCUGAUGCCUCAUGUUAUCGAAGCAACCAUCCUGACAGGCUGCGCAAAGGGUGAAGACGUCUUCAUACCACGAAUAUCCAUGAUUCCUACUGAUAUGCCGUUUGAGUUCAAGCGUCUUCAGUUUCCAGUGCGUCUUGCCUUCGCGAUGUCCAUCAAUAAGGCUCAAGGACAAUCACUUAAGGUUGCUGGUAUUAAUCUAGAGACUCCUUGCUUUUCCCAUGGUCAACUUUACGUGGCGUGUUCAAGAGUCGGAACUGGAAAAAAUUUAUAUAUUUUUGCUCCUGAUGCGAAAACCAGCAACAUUGUAUAUCAAGCA